AUGACUUACCGGAAUCAUUGGAAGAAAAAUCUUUUUAGAUAUUUAUUGUUCAGUGUUUUUGUUGUAUUCAUUUUUACUUGUAUCUUAAAUAUUUUGCCAUUAACUCCAGAUUCCUGCAAUUGCCAUGAAAAAGUUAGUCGUUUCAAAAAAGCAUCUGAAAAUGGAGUGAAACAAUUUAAAAUAUCGCAAUACAAGCUUGCUGUUUUAGUACCAUUUCGAGAUCGUUUCGAGGAAUUGUUACAGUUUGCUCCGCACAUGAAACAAUUUUUAGAUAAACAAAAUAUUGAAUAUCAUAUAUUCAUACUACACCAAGUGGAUAGAUUUAGAUUUAACAGAGCAUCUCUUAUUAACGUCGGUUUUAUUCAUGUCCAAAAUCACUACGAUUAUAUUGCUAUGCAUGAUAUAGAUUUAUUACCUUUAAAUGAAAAUCUCUCUUAUGGAUUUCCUAACAACGGACCUUUUCACGUAUCAUCUCCAGAUCUACAUCCACGAUAUCAUUAUCCAACUUUUAUCGGGGGAAUUUUACUUGUUAAUAGGAAACACUAUCAAGCAGUUAAUGGAAUGUCUAAUAAAUAUUGGGGUUGGGGCUUAGAAGAUGAUGAAUUUUACGUUAGACUAAAGGAAGCUAAUUUAAAAGUAUAUAGGCCAGAAAAUAUAUUAACUGGAUCUCAGAAUACUUUCAAACACAUUCAUGACAAAAAUGUUCGAAAAAGAGAUACAAUUAAAUGUUUUAAUCAGCGAGAAAUUACUAGAAAGCGAGAUCGCCAAACAGGCUUAAGUAAUGUAUCAUACAAAAUAGAACAAGUCAUAAAUAUGACGAUUAUUGAUGUACCUUUAACUAUUUUGAAUAUCGCUUUGAAUUGUGAUAAAACGAUCACACCUUGGUGUGAAUGUACAAAAACUAAUGAGAACAAAACUCCAUAG